AUGCGGCCAGGAACCUUCAAUGACGUCUCUUGUUCCGGCGCCUUCAAGGACAAUCUCGUCGGCCAAGCGGCAGUCUUCACUCAAGCCGAGAAGAUCAAGAGGAUCACUCAGAUGCUUAUGAUCGACACGCCAGUGCAUACUACUCCCGCUCCAUCUUCCUUGACUGUAAGUUGUCUUAAGAUACUGCUCCCCGAGCGGGACUGUGAUGUGGAUACCGAUACAUCAUGUCGGCCGGACCACUAUUGCAGCACAAUCCUCCAACACACCGCUGAAGCCAUCGAGAAAGGGCGAUCGCGAGCCCUCGUCAAUGACUGGGUACUCUCAGAUCAGGGCAGUCCCUUGCGGCCAGCGGUAGUGGGUAUCAACAUGAUGGCACUCCUAUCAGGCACAGAGAAAGCGGAGAAGUUGGUCGUUCAUGUUGGGUGUUUGUUUCAGGGCGUCAAGAUGAUCCCUCCGAAAGGAGGCUGCUACAACCUGCUCUGGACCGCCGCAGGCGAUAAAGGGGCAUCAUCAACGGCGAAUUGUACGAGACUGUGGGGGCCUUGUCAAUACCAAAAAGCAAGCCGAGGGCAAACAAGCAGUUGCCGGGGUAGUUGUGGGAGUGGACGCUGA